AUGGACCGUCGGCUGGCUAAUAUCCAAGCCAAAUAUGAGCGAGUCCGUGAGCGGUUUACGUGGAGGCGCCACGUUACGGAUAACGGAUUAACAGCGUUGUCGCCCGUUGAAAAUCAGUUUCAUGAGUGGUGUAUGUACUUUAGCACGGCAGUUACAAUGGAGUCUAUUUUCCGACUUUUAGAAGGAAGGGACAUUUUCUUCUCAGUGCAACACCUGAAGGAAUUAAGUGAUGAGGCGAAACAACAAUAUCCUAAUAUGACGGCUGCCAAGCGUCUAUUGAAGAAGCUGGCUUAUGCCGGUGUGCUAAGCGAAACUGAUUACCAGGGUCGACCGCAAUAUGGUCUUCGAUACUGUGUCAGUGGCUUGCGUUCUUAUGAUUUGGACAACAUUCAUCACAUAAGAGCUGCUUUAUAUGAGCUACGGCGAGUUGGGCCGCUUCUGGCAGUUAUUCGUAUCAGUAAAAAUUACGACAAGUGCUGGAACACUGGUGAAGUUUACAAAUAUGAUCCGAAAAAUGUUUGUGGUGAUUCAGCUCGCGCACCAACACAUGCUAUCAGUGUUAUAUCUUUUGCUUUGGAGAACGGUCCGUUUUUUGACUGCCAAGACUCACACGGAGUCACUUUUGGCUCUGGUGGUUUCCUGAAGGUUGAUGUGACGUCAUUCAAAGAACUUUAUUCGUUCAGAGUUGUGGAGGUGUUCGGCGAUUGGACAGAUUGA